AUGGCGACCGCAUCUCCAACACCGAUGAGCUCUCAUUUCGGGUCCCUCUCUCGAAGACCCUCCUUACGACAGACACAAAAGCCUACAAGGCCUCCGCUAAGCCGUACAGACUCCGUGCCUCUUGGGUCUCAUGCGCGGACCUAUUCGCUUAACGACAGUUCUGACGAUGAAAUUGUUAUUCCCAUGAUGAAAUUCAGCGCCGAGACGAAUGCAUUGCUCAAUGAUGCUGCUCUGGCUGCCGAGAAAUCUUCCCCGAGUCACAAGCACAAUACAUCGGAUCCCGAAGAAGUAUACAAGUUCCGAGGUUCAAACACUGGUCAAGACGGAUCACCCCCGGGUACCAAAGUCCACAGCCCUUUCUCAAGAAGAAUAGUACGGUUGAGUGGUACUCCUGGCUCUUCCACUCUCCGAAGAAGAUCAUCAACAUUGUCUAAUGCUGUCCGGAAGCACAAUGAACAGCAAGCAGCUCCCAAGGCGGAAAGCCCCCUCGACCUCAGCACCCCAGCGCCUGUCCCAAGAACCGUUCGCAUACCUAUCACACAUUCUGGCAGCCAGGGGAGAUCUGGAAGCUCCUCUGGGCACGCAUCGAGCAAGGCGGACUCUGCAUCUCGAAAUGAGGAGGGAGAGCCUAGUUCACAAGGAUAUCCCGCCACCAUCGUCAGGUCUCAAUUGGCUUCCAGUCAGGGAAGCGUUUCAAGGUAUGGAGGAAUGGGACGCGCAAGAUAUGGCGAAGAAGUAGGCCUACACAGUUCAAUGCGAACCAAGCCGAAGAUCAAUGGGAGGUUUCUAAGCGGUCCUGCUAGGAGGGGAAGGAUACGCAAAAACGAUGAGGAACAGAGCCCAUUGGAGGAGCAUGGCGAUGGUUUAGACGCUGCUGGGUCGAGUCAAGAACCCCAGAGCCAGGAGUUUCAAGCGCCCGAAUCGCAAAGUCAGAAUCCCUCCAGCCAGGAGUCCGAGGUGAAUCAAGAUAUUUACCCACCGUCUUAUCGAGAUUUUGCUUCCGGAAGUCCCGUGAGUUCAAAAGAGGCCAUCAAUUCAAUCCUCAGAUCUAAGUCUCCACCACCACCAACACUAUCCAGUUCUCAGAGAUCAGCUGGCGGGGACUCCAAUGCUCGCGCUCCCCUUCAACCGAUACAGCCUGUGUUUAAAGUACCAGCGCCGAGGCCAGAUCUUCCCUCAACACACGACCAAGAGAACGAAGCUCCUCCGACUUUCAAAAGAAACAAACAAGCACCACUAAUUCACCUCGACAAGUUGGAGAAAGUGCCGGUGCGACCUGAAAGCCUUGACAUGAGUGCACUGCGCUCUGCUGGAUCUCCGGAAAGACGAGCUUUAGCGCCCCGGAGUCAAAACACCCCACGAAGACCAGCGCCACCUCCUCCGAAGAUGUCUAUCCUUGACGCGGCGACUAGUACUGCUGGAGCAGCUACAACCGCGAAUGCCGGUGGGAAGAGGAAUAGGAUGAAGGUUAAUGGGAAGUACUAUACUAGACUAGACUGCAUUGGACGCGGAGGAAGUUCAAGGGUAUACCGAGUUAUGGCAGAGAACUCGAAGUUUUUUGCUUUGAAAAGGGUCACUUUUGAUGAUGGGAUCGAUGAUAUAACGAGACGGGGCUUCGAGGGAGAAAUCGACCUACUCGAGAAGUUGAAGGGAGUCGACCGAGUCAUCCGUCUUUAUGAUCAUGAAAUGAAUGAGGAAAAGGGUAUACUCAGUGUACUUAUGGAAAUGGGAGAGUUGGAUAUGAAAAAGAUCUUGGACAUGCGUCUUGGAAUCGAGAACGCCAAAUUUGAUCCAAGUUUUAUCCGUCACUAUUGGAAGGAAAUGCUCUUAUGUCUCGAAGCUAUCCACGAGCACGACGUCGUACACUCCGACUUAAAACCCCAUAACUUCGUCCUGGUCCAAGGCAAAUUAAAGCUAAUCGAUUUUGGAAUCGCCAACGCCAUUAAACCCGACGAAACCGUCAACGUCCACCGCGAAACCCAAAUCGGAACCCCAAACUACAUGUCCCCGGAAUCACUCCAAGACUCGAACGCGAAACCUGAUUCCCGCGGCCGGAUUGCAAACGGGCCUAAGCUUAUGAAACUGGGGAAGCCGAGUGAUAUCUGGAGUCUGGGAUGCAUUCUCUACCAAAUGACUUACGGCCGCCCACCUUUCGACCAUAUCCAGAACUUUAUUCAGCGCUGUCAUGCAAUCAUCAACCACAAUUACCAUAUCGAUUACCCUGCGCUCGGAGUGGGCAACGUGCCCGUACCAGCAUCGCUCAUCAAGACCCUCAAAAAAUGCCUGACUCGAGACCAAUACAAGCGUCCCUCGGCAACAGAACUGUUAAGCGAUAAAGACCCAUUAUUGAACCCUAUUGAAUACGACGAACUUGCACUGCCGAUGACAGAGGAAUUGCUGGGACGCAUACUGUUGAGCGUCGCGAGUAAGAUGAAGCAGGCGACGCCGACUGAGAGUGAGUUAUUGAAAGUGUGGCCGCAGGGCUUUUUCGAGAAGUUGAGGAAGAAUAUAGCGGAUGAGAAAAGGUUGUGA